ACUCGAUUACCCCGCCUCCGAAAUAGCUCAAACAAUACCUAUUUUCAGAAACGAAGCGCCGGUAUAGACUAUGGACUUAGAAGAACGCCUGAGGGCAGCCUGUGCGGAUGGCAACGCCGACAAGGUACGGGAAAUUCUGGAGUCUGGCCAAGACAUACCCCAGAAGUGUUUGGACAAGGCUCUCGGCACAGCUGCGUUCAACGACCAGCCUGAAAUUCUGAAAGAGCUUCUUGAAUAUGGCGCUCAAAUCACUGAACUCGCCGUUAUCGGUGUUUCGAAUUCGGAGAGUGCUCCGAUGUUCCAGCAUUUACUGAACCAUGGCUGGGAUGUAAAUUCAAUCGCGUCACAGAACCCAGCUCUGAGGUAUCACCUAUUCCUUCCCGCCCAAGAAAGGUUUGAGCGAAGAAACAAAGAUUGGAAGAAUAACGCAAUCUGCAGGCUCGUCGUCACAAGCGAAGAGUGUACGCGCCUGCUGCUGGAGAAUGGCGCGGACCCGAACAUCCCUGGAAGACUGGGUCUUACGCCUCUGUCGACAGCCAUUGGCCACGCAACAGUGGCAGUCAUGGAGCUGCUUGCUGCAUAUGGAGCGAGGUUGCCAAGUGGUAGACUUGGAAAAGACCUUUUAUUGAGUGCAAUACAACGGAAAGAGGGAGCCCUGGGCGCUACAAAGUUCCUUCUGGAGCAUGGAGCUGACCCUAACCUGUCAACUUCCCGUGGACCUCCAUUGUAUCUUGCAAUCGCGAUGCACAAAAAGGAAGUUGUUUCCUGCUUGUUGGAUUACGGAGUGGAUGUGUCAAUGGUCUAUAGAGGCAAGGCAUUCACGCAAUUAGCAGAGGAAAUGGGCCAGAUGGAUAUUGUUUCCCUCUUAGCGGCGAAGACUGACACGGCCUCACUUCCCUUGGGGUAAAGGCAAGCCUCGGAGUAGCGUCUCUCUCUCUCUCUCUAUCUUAGUUUGGCCACCCAUUCAUGUUUUUGUUGCUGCUCUUGCUCCUAUCCUCCUUUUUUCGUUGGUCCUCCUUGUAUUGCUUUUGCCUGAAAAUGGAGGCCUAGUGCCCUCGCUCAAAUGCUGUGCCGCUGCCCUUGGCAUCGCUCGCUGCUCCCAUCCAGCUGAGAUUACAGGGUUACAACCUCUUUGCCCAUUGCCCUAGACACGCAAAGCCUAAUCGUGCGUUUCAGAAUGUAACCUCGACCAGUGGCCUAGUCCUGGUCAACGAAGCAUGUGCAACAGCAGGGAAAUUAGACCAACUCGUAACUAGGAUUUCUACUGGCUAUCGAUGGACAUAUUCUUGGAUUCGACAGACCCCUCCCAGUUAGUUCUAAAUCACCUUGGGUGAUUGGGUAGUGUAACAACAGUUGCCGCAGCUCUCGUGCAUGGAGGCUUGCCGCGGAGACAAGGGUCCUCAGGUCCAGCAAGGCUGAGAGCGCGAGUAAUUGAACUGGUCGGAAUCAGAGCAGUAAUUCCCCGAUGCAGGGAUU